UCAUAUUUAGGGGGCGUGUCAUUGUGCGUUCAGCCGGACGUAAAGACGUGAAACAGCAACUGGUAGGUAACCCAGCGUGGACAUGGAGGACGUGCUGCUGUGGAUUGUGGGUGUGUUGUUACUCCUGUUCUGCAGUCUGGAUGUGUGGUAUUAUUUACGGGUAGUGGUUGUGCUGGUCAGGGCCUGGUUCCUCUCACCCGUAUUUGAUAUCACAGCUGAGCAGACUGCUAGUGGACGAGUGGUUCUCCAUGACGUUGACCUUUGCCACAUGAAUAAUGCCCGCUACCUGCGCGAGUGUGACUUUGCCCGUUUCUCUCUGUACUCCCGCAAUGGGGUGUUCAAGGCUUUAAGAGCUCUAGGGGCCACUGUGGUCGUUGGGGCAACUACCAUCCGCUAUAGACGGCCGUUGUGUGUCGGUGAGGCGUUUGAGAUUCACAGUCGAAUCAUUACCUGGGACGAGAAGUCAUUUUACCUGGAGCAGAGGUUUGUGUCUUGUAAAGAUGGGAUGGUGUCGGCUGUCAUGUUCUGCAAACAGAAUGUCCUGUGCAGCAGUCCGGACAAGAUCCUGCAACAUUUGUGCAAGAGAAAGGUUGAAGUGCCAGAAUUUCCUGAAGACCUGCAACACUGGAUCAGUUUCAUCUCAGCCAGCAGUAAAGCCCUCCGGGGGGAAUGUCAGCUUGAUGAUAAAAAGAGCAAAUGACGGCUCACUGCCUUAAAUUAACUCUCAAACACUAGUUUACACAAACACAAGAACAUUAUGAUGCACAUACAUUAAUGUCUCAGGUUUGACACUGCAAUGCAAAAUAAAACCGUGAUCUAAAA